UUUUAUUGGAAUCAAAGAUAAAUAAAAUUAUUGAUUAGGAACAUUUUAAAAAAUAAGAAUAAUAAAAGGAAUAUACAAACCAUUCUAUAUAAUAAGGCUACAAACAAAAAAAAAGCUAAUCUACAAGACAUAGAUAACAUGAGCGAUAUAUAAGCUAUUAGCGUUGACAUUAAGGAAGUUGGUAAAAAGAUAAAGGCCUCCAAGAAGAGAUUCACAUGGUUUUUCUCUAUUAAUGGUAAAAAGCACACUGUUGACCUUUUUGUUUCAAAAUUAUCAGGAAAGAAAAAACUUUUGCUUAAUGGAAGAGAAAUACACACAGAAAAAAGUAUGAUGGGAUCUUUCUCUCAUAGAUUCGAUAUUGAAAGAGACUCCAUAUAAAUCCAAACAAAGGGAGAUAGCUAUGAUCUUACUUUCAAUAGAAGUCAAAGCUUUUCAGAGUUAUAUACCUAAGCACAAACAAAGCAAUAAUUUAGAGAUGAUGAUGGUUAAUUUGAUAGUUAUGAUAACGAUUUUGCAAAAGGAAAGUAAAUGGUAAGCAAGUAUUAAGGAUUCAGCUCAGAAACUUACAACCAAAAGAAAUAAAGCAGUUCUUACUAGCAAUCAUAGUAUAACAAUAGCAAAAAUAAUCGUAAAAAUUAUAACGAUGAUGAUGAGGAUGUGCACAACUCUGACGAUGAUGAUGAUUAAAAAGAAAGAUAUGAUCAAUUUAAAAAUGUUAGCAAAAAUUCAAAUUCUAAUCCUCCUCCUAAAUAGGCAAAGAAAGCUGAUGAAGGAUAUGAUUUUAAUUCAGGAUUCGAAUAAUUUGAAUGGAAAGGAGGUAGUACUAGCAAUAACACUAAGACAAAAAACGACUCUGCCUUUGACAACUUUAGUAAUUAAUUCUCUAACCCAUAGAGAACUUAGCAAAGCUUUGAAAAAUAAUAAUAGCAAUAAUAAUAAAAGCAAUCUACUUCUAAUUAAGAUUUCUCUAAGUUUACUUUCCAAAACAACAUAUAGCCUAAUAAGCCUUAAUAAUAGCAAUAGCAGCCAUAAGUAUAGAAUAAGAAUAUCCAAAAUAGGUAAGCCAACGAUGCUUUUGAAGCUUUUGGAGCUGUACCUAAUAACAAUAAUACAAAGUAACAAGACCCUUUUAAUGAUUUCUUCAAUUAAGCUUUUUCUACUAAUCAAAAUUAGAAUUAAAACAACAACAACAGCAAUUAAGCAAAUAAUUUCUAAUAAGCCUAAUCAUUUUAGCAAAACUAAUAAAAUCAACCAGUUUAAUAGCAGUAGCAACCUCCAUAAUAACAAUAACAAUAAAUAUAGCAAGUAUAGGCUCCUAAACCUGUCCCACAAACUAAUAUUUUAGAUUUGCUAGAUGAUGAACCAGCAACCGCAUCUACUCCAGUGUAAAAUCAAAAUAAUGUAGGAUUUUAACAAUAAUAAUAAGUUUAGCAGACUGUGUAAUAAGUGCCAUAAUAGCAAAUUUAAUAAUAAUAACAGCAGCCAUAAGGAUAGAAUUUAAUGAACUUAUACGGAAAUUAAUAAUAGUAGUAGCAAUAGAAUUUCAAUAAUAAUAAUAAUAAUAUGGGCUAAUAAAACUAAUAAUAGCAACAAAACCAAUCAAAUUAUAGUGCCUUAUAUAAUUUGAAUGGCGGAAACUAACAAUAAUAAUUUGGUGGAAUAAGUCUCUAGAGUCAAUACAGUAACAACAGUAAUAACAUGAUGUAUGGUGGACAAUAAUAAUAGUAGUUUAAUUAAUAUCAGUAAUAGAAUUUGUAUCAAAAUUAAAUGCAAAAUCAAAUGGGAUAUAACUAAAAUAAUAUUGGAAACAACUAUUCCAUGUAAAUGUAAAUGAAUAAUUAAGGCUUUAAUAAUACUAAUUAAAUGGGAAUGGGUUAUCCAAAUUAAAACUUUUAGAACAACAACAAUAACUAUUAAAUGAAUUAAGGAUUUGGUGGUGGAUUUAAUUAAUAGCAAUCUUAACCGGUUGGUAAUAAGGCUCCUUUCGAAGAUCUGAUUUGA